UAUUUUGUCGUGUUGAAGCCAACCGUUGACACAUCCUGUCACGAUACUUUUGUUGCGAAAGGUCAAUACGGUGGAGAACAGUCUGUGUAACAUCACCUGUGAACGGUACUCUACGUUUGGGAGUCGUGAGAAGGUCCACUAACGACUUCAAACAGACGACGACUUCACUCAGGAAGACGGCUGCUGAUUGAAGUUAAAGUUCGUCAGCUGGGAGGAUCUGUUAACGUUAGCUACGACUUAGCUAGCUGGCUAAUUAAGCUGUUUUUCGGAGUUUUUCGCUAACUGGGAGGGAAUGGAGAAAGCUAAACAGGAUGCAUUCGACAAUGCCAGACUUCAAGUGAUCAAAGACGGCUACGAAAGGGCCUUUGAGUGCAUCAAUAAGGGACUCACAGCAGACGAGGCUGGAGACAAGACCCGGGCCCUGGAGCUCUACAGGCAAGGGCGGCAGCACCUCCUCAGGGCCAUCAGUGUGCCUUCACGGUGUGAGGAGUGUGUCGGCAGCUCCUGGGAAUCGGCCAGACAGAUGCAGGAGAAGAUGCAGGAGACGCUGAACAACAUCACCACACGCCUGGCCAUGCUCGAGACCAGCAGCGACGCUGAAUCUGCACCAACCCUGAAUGCUAGCAGCGUGUCUGACCCGGACGUGCCUGCAGAGGCUCUCUAUCCGGCACUGCCCACCAAGAAGAUGCCAGCUCCACCAAACCCACUCUCCACUAAUGGCCAGGCAGCAGGAGCUGUGGGAGGCAUGCCUGCAUGCAGCACCGAGGGUCUGCCUCUCUCACUUUCGAGACAUGCUCCAGCCGAAAAGCCCCCAGCGUACUCUCCUCAGGCGGCUGACGGCCACCUGUCCAUCUCAUAUGGAACAGAUGCAGGAGAAAUGUCACUGGUUGGGGACGAGUUCUACAGUCGCACAUCUAACUCGACACCAUCUUCCCAGACUAUGAGUGAAGACGGAGAGGAGCUGCUCUACAUCCCUCACGGUGUACAGAUAUUCUUUGUCACACCUGAAGGGCAAGUGAGCGCUCCGUCGUACCCGGGCUACCUGCGGCUGGUGAAGUUUACUAGUGAUCACUCUGACAGAAUGCCCAACAGACCACCGGCCUUUCUGCAGGUGUGCGACUGGCUCUACCCCCUCAUGGCCAUGGACUCUCCAGUAUUGCUGUGUAACACUGGCGUGUUUAUGUUUCCGGACAUGAUGGCGCCGGCUCCGGGCUAUUAUGUGGGAGUGGUGUUGUCCUCUGAGCUGCCUGCUGCAGACAGAGCGCUGUUCGAGGACCUGCUGUCCCAGAUGACUGAUCUCAGGGUUCAGGCUCCAGAUGAAGCUGCAGAAACCGUUAAUCUCAGUCAGAAGGUGUCCAUCGCCACACCUGAGGAGACUGUGCCGGCGGAGACAGAGGAGGAUAAGCCUCUGCCCGAGUGGAGCGAAAAGGUGGCAAAUGGGAUCCUGACAGGUGCGUCCUGGCUAAGCUGGGGCCUGGUGAAAGGAGCUGAGUUCACAGGCAAGGCCAUUCACAAAGGGGCGUCUAAACUCCGAGAACACAUCACCCCGGAGGACAAACCCACCCACGUCAGCCCCACAGUCACCAAAGGCCUCCAUGUUGCCAAGCAAGCGACAGGGGGAGCUGUCAAAGUCAGCCAGUUUCUAGUGGACGGAGUGUGUGCGGUCGCUGGCUGCGUGGGUCGAGAGUUGGCGCCACACGUGAAAAAACAUGGCGGCAAGCUGAUUCCAGAGUCAAUGAGGAAAGACAAGGAUGGGCGUUCCAACAUCGAUGGAGCCAUGGUGGUGGCUGCCAGUGGAGUGCAAGGAUUUGCGACCAUGUGGACUGGUUUGGAAGUCGCAGCAAAGAACAUCACAACGAGCGUCGCGUCAGAGACAGUCACCACCGUAAAACACAAGUAUGGGGCAGCAGCAGGACAAGCCACAGACCACGCAGUCAAUUCUGCCAUUAAUGUCGGUAUCACUGCCUUCAAUGUUGACAACCUGGGGAUCAAAGCUGUGGUGAAAAGGACUGGCAAGCACACAGCGCAGGCCAUUUUGGAAGACUACAAUCUUCAGGAAAAACCGGAGAACGGAAAGCAACUGGAGAAAUCGGACAAAUAGCCGGUAGUGCCCUGCCUCAUUCCCUCAGCAACGCCUUAAAGCAUAAUUUGUAUUCUUCUGUCAAAUAAAUCUAUUUAAUAUUCAUUAUUUAUAAAACAGUUCUAUAUUUACAAAAUAACUACUGUUAUAUGCAUAUCCUAUAGUUUGAUACAGAUCUUAAGCACUUUAAUCUCUAUUUAAAAUAAGGUAUGUGGACCUAAAUGAAGAAACACACCAGAUUAGAUAACCCACAUUAAAACAUAAAUGCAGUAUAUAGAUUAUAAACACAAAACUUUCCUAACCUUCGUGAAGCAUCUGUGUGUUUGAGGUUUUUCCCCAGAAGGGUAAGUGCAAUUUAUAUACUUUGAAUGAAUUCUAAAAAAUCUGAACUAUAUAUCAGUAUCUUCAGAUAUAAAAAAAAAAGUCUGCGAUACUGUUGUUUCCCCCUGUGGUGUUUAACAUGAGAAGUCAUCACAGCUGCUGACUGCCUGCAAAAACCAAAUGAUAUGCAAAAAUCUAAAGCUGUGAAACUUAAAUAUAGUCUGUUAUGUAGUGUUAUGUUAGACCUUCACUGCUUUGAAUGAGGCUUACUAAAACGUUAAUGCCUCUCCACUGCGAGUCUGAGGGUCCAGAUCUCGUUAUUUUUGUGUUCUGCUACAAUCUGCAGUGCUGUCCUCUCAUUUCAGAUGAGUUUGAUCCACAUAUCUUCAGAAUAUUAAUGUCUAUAUUAUUUUAAAAAAUGUAGAUUUUAAACACUUAACAAAAUGUGAUUUUUGAAGUGUGAUGCUAACUUUGUUUCCAAACCAGCUAGUCUUUUUUUUUUUCUUUUUAAACUCCAGCUUUAAGAGCUCAGCAGGUGAAUGUACUUCUCAGAUGUCUUUUAGUUCUUCAGUUGCAUUGAGAUUCCUUUUCCACCUGAACACUCUUGGAAAAAUAAAAUAUUUAAGUGAAUGAGAAAUUCAUUGUUUUUGAAGAUUUAGGGAUUGGUGAUAAGAGCAGGAUGGAUUUGAGCAGUUUUAUUCUGUUUACAUCCAGUAACACCAUAUUGAAUUUGUCAGCGUAAUACUGCCAUCUAGUGGCUGUAUGUUUUACAAUAUGUUAGUUACCCCAGUAUUUCUUAUCACACUCGCGGUUUAUUCUGCAAAUUCUUUUUCUUAUGAAUAGGAACAUCAAUAGAGGAAAAUCUCAAAAUAUUUUCUUAAUUAUUGUCUCAUAACCAGGGCUGGAAUAAUCCCUCUGUACGAAGUGUGAAAUACAGUGAAGACUGUUAAAUGUUGUGUUUUCAGAAAAUUAUUUUUUUAAUUUCACUCAAUACAAAUUCAGUUCUAAUUGUUCAAAAACCUGAAAAUGAAUAAGAUUCCUGUUGCGGUUUGAUUAGACAUUUAGCCAAACUAACAUGUUCAUGUCAGAGAUAAACAUUGGCUUUAUUUGAGUUUAUUAUUCAUAAAUUAAGU